CCGCUCCGCUAGCUCUUCCAAAUCCCUAGCCGUCGUCGCUCACUCUUCCAACCCUUGAGAUCGCGGUCGCUGACUCCUUCGUCCAAGAGAUCGUUGCCGACUCUUUCGAGUCCGCCGGGAACUGCGUCCCCGCGAAGCCGAAAAUGGACUCGAGAAAGAUCCUCGGGCGCUGUGGAGGUGGAACCACAAUGGCGGCGAUUUGAGAUUGAAGCCGGUGGUUCAGAUCCACAAGGGCACUGUGGAGAUUGUAACCACAAUGGCACCUCUUCUCUCCUAUUCAGUUUCCACUCACCAUGCGAUGCUCGCCAGGCAGCUCAACGACCGCGUCAAGAAGGGAUUCGUUGUUCAAUUGAUUGAUUACUCGUGCUGCGAUGUUCAGAAUCGCAGGUUUGGUCAGUUUGCAAUUGCAUUUACUUUCUACAAGGUCAGGGUUGGUGGCGGGGACUCUGGCGACAGAGGUGUAAGCGGGGGAUUCACGAACAGUAGAGUGAAGGGACCUUGGUCGCGGGAGGAAGAUGCAUUGCUAGAUAAACUGGUGAGAAGCCAGCAGCAGCUGGAGAGGAGGAGGACGAAGGGCAAGCUGGGGAAGAUGUUAAAGUAUGAUGAUGAUGGUGAUCUAAUCAUUUGCAAGGUUACUUGGGUGUUUUGACUCUGUAAAGAGAAGGAAUUAGAAGCAUUGACAGUUCUUAAUUAUUAUUUGCAAUAAAUUCAACGUACACACAUUCAUGUUUCAGCUUUUGGGCCUUGCAGCUGGUAGAACUAGUAGAUACUUUUGGAUGCAUAUGAGAACAUACAAAAUAUCCAGAGAUAUGAUUGCAAACAAUUUGGGAAAAAACAUAUCCAGUUACCUGCAGAUUGCUUUUCUAUGGCGCUUGGUCUUGGGGAUGACUCAAUUAAUGCAUCGUUACUCCUGGUGAUGUCAAUGGUGUCAUCGAAGAUAAAAGUAUUUAUGCCGAUGGGAUAAGAGCCUGCUGACUGGGAUAAUAUAACAUAUUGAAUGAUCAUGGAUGAGAUCCCCAUUUACGUUAAGCUUAUGACAUACUAAAUAAGUAGCGAAUAGUGGAGAAGAGUGUGAUCGAAUCAGCAUAUAUAAAGUGGCUUACUAUUAUGAGACAGAAGGAUGGCGAAAUGAAUUUGUAGAGGCUAACUAUUUCUGGACAUCAAGUAGAUAGGCACCUCUCAUCAACGAUUAAGUCUCCACUCACCAUGUGAUGCUCGCUGGGCAGCUAUGUUCAGAAACAGAUGAUGAUACGCCGGAGAAGGAAAGGGAGGGAGAAGCAAAAGGAUUUGAAGAAUUUUGCAGCAGAUGAUUUGGACAUUGGCCUUCUCAGAUUCCUAGGAUGAUGGUGUCAACACAGUAGAUUAUCAUGCUCCUCUCUUUGGAAUAUUUACUUUUUCUCAUUUUUGUAUUUUAGUUUUUUUUGUAGUUAUGAACUACAACUGCUGUUGACGAAUGUAAAUAGAUAUUUGGUUGGAAAUAAUGAUGGUGACUAUUAUAAUUGGU